AAAAUGAUCUUAAAUGUCCUCAAAUAGGACCAGAAACUAGUUGAACUUGUUCUAGCUUGUCUUUACGUACUCUGGGUGUUGCGCCAAUAGGAUUGUCUUGGGGUGAUUUUUCAGCCAAUCAUAUAGACGGGGCGGGGCUUAUGCGUAUACAGCUUUGUGACAGGCAGGGCCACCAGAAAGACCCCCAAACAUCCUCAACAUUCACGUCUUCUUGCUUGGCUUCGUUAUUUGGGAGCGAACGUUUAAGACCGCCAGCUGGAGGAUGGCGGCAGAGUACCGGCGCCCCCUUGUGGCGGUGGCCUGCAUGCUACUGUGGCACGCAGCAGGUGUCGGGUCCAUGCCGGACCCCAAGACCAGGGAGGCGCUCAUACAAGAGGAGGCCUCCCGGCAGACCGGGGGUCAGAUGGUGCUGACGGACUCGGAGAAGCUUCUCGAUGCCCGGUUGUCUAAAAUGAAACAAGAGGAGCUGGCGAGAGCCCAAUUCCCUCCAUCCAUGCACUUCUUUCAGGCCAGACCUUUAAUCCGCAGCAGCCCCGUCUUCCACCUGCUGCAGAAAAUGCCCAAAGGUGGAGCGCUGCACGUCCACGACCUGGCCAUGGGGGACCCGGCGUGGCUGGUGAAGAACGUGACGUAUCGGCCCAACUGUUACAUGUGCGUCACUGACAAACUCUCGGUCAGGUUCAUCUUCUCAUCGGGGCAGCCUAAACCCACACCGGCGUGUUCGUGGGUGCUGCUGGCUAGCCUGAGGAGCAAACUGAGCAAUGUCACAGAGCUGGACCACAGCAUUCUGGCCAACCUGACUCUCUUCACCGAGGGCGAUCCCGCGGCUCGGUACCCCAGCCAGGAUGUGGUUUGGGGGAAAUUUGAGCAAGCCUUCAUGGCCGUGACGGGUUUGAUCACGUACGCUCCUGUCUUCAGAGACUAUUUCUACCACGGCCUCAAACAGUUCCACAUGGACAACGUCAUGUACGUGGAGGUCCGCGCUCUGCUCCCGCAGACGUACGAGCUGGACGGGAGCACACACGACUCGGCGUGGGCACUGACGACCUACGGAGACGUGACCAGGGACUUCAUAGCGGACCACCCGGACUUCUUUGGAAGCAGAUUCAUCUUCGUCGUUCACAGGGGAACGAAUGCAUCUGCAGUGAGGAGAGUUGUAGAGGUGGCCAUGAAGCUUCACAGGGACUUUCCAGAUCUCAUGGUUGGCUUUGACUUGGUGGGCCGCGAGGAUCAAGGAAAGCCACUUUGGUAUUUCCGGGAGGCUUUGUCGUUGCCAGCGGAGAGGGGUGUGACGCUUCCCUACUUUUUCCACGCCGGGGAGACCAACCUGGAGGGCUCAGACGUGGACCAGAACUUGCUGGACGCUCUUUUGUUUAACACGUCCCGAAUCGGCCACGGGUUUGCUCUGACGCGCCAUCCUUUGGCUCGAGAUCUAUCCAUGAAGAGAGGCGUGGCUGUGGAAGUGUGUCCCAUUUCCAACCAGGUGCUGAAGCUGGUAGAAGACCUGCGAAACCACCCUGCUGCUGCCCUCAUGGCCCAGAACCACCCGAUGGUCAUUAGUUCCGACGAUCCGGCAAUGUUGGGUUCGUCGGGCCUCUCCUACGACUUCUACGAGGCUUUCGUGGGCUUCGGCGGGAAGAGGUCCCACGUGGGAACCCUCAAACAACUGGCCAUCAACUCUAUCGUGUACAGCUCGUUGGGCCCCGAGAUGCAGAGCAAAGCUCUGGAUGCGUGGCAGAGGAAGUGGGACAAGUUUGUGGCGGAAAAUGCUUUUCAGAAACGAUGCUGCGGUGAUAACAAUAUUUUUACACAUUAAGGACUCGCCCUGACGCCAAGUCCUGCUUGGCCUGCUUGAUUCUGCUUGGGUUGUGAGAGGUUCAAUUCCCGUUUUGCUGCUAACACAAACAUUUUCCAAUUCUUAGUUUUUUUUUGCUGGGAAUUCUGGUUGAUGAUCAGCAAUGUCUUAUUUUCAAUUUUAACGCACAUCACCGCCCCCUGCAGGACUGGAGUGGAAGAGUCUCCCUGACAUGUCAUGUUGAUGAUGUAAUGACGCCAUGGAGGCUCCAUGUCGUGUUCCUGUGUGCUUUUACUAAAGUUAAAGUGUUGUAUCACGUGACUCAGGAAAUUCCUGACAAUUUUGUCUGGGACAUUCGUGAAUAAAAUGUCCAUUUCAAAUAAA